AUGGAGGAGAUCAGAGAAGGUGAGAAGAAAGACAAAAUGGAUAGUAGCAGUUUUGGAGACCUCCGAAAGAAGCCGCUAGAAACAAGAGAUAAAGCGCCAUCACAGAGGCAUCACAGCGAGGAAUCCAAAGGAGGCUGCGAGCUGAAAGGUGCCACUGAAGCUGGAGCCGCUAGUGAUUUGCUCUCUGACUUUCACUCCAUGACGCUCAUGUUGAGAUGUGAGGAGUCCGCUCUGCGACAUGGCAGCACGGCCUUGAUGAAAGGCCGCUUUAAUGAGGCUAAAAAGAGAGCGGCCCCAGACAUCUUCUCAUCCUUCUACCAGCCCGUUGCUGUCAACAUGCGCCACCACUACGAGCCCCACGUGCUGCACGCCCUGCACGGCCCUGCAGGUGUGACAGGAAGUCCUGUUAUCUCGGAUGUUUCCCUGAUCCGCCUUUCUCCUGCCGCCAGGGCGUCCAGUGACUCUCCCUUCAGUUCCCCGCACGUUUACAUCAACCCUCACAUGGAGCACUACCUGCGCUCCGUGCACGGCGGCCCCACACUCAUCUCGGCAGCCAGAGGCCUGAACCCCAGCCAAUUGGCUCAUGAGCAUUUCAAAGAUGGCUGCCUGUUCGGGCUCCCUCCGCCUCCUCCUCCUGGAGCAAGUCCAACCGAGUAUUACCAGCUGAUGGCGAGCCACCAGAGGCCCUACGGUGAUCUACUCAUGCACGGUGCUGGGUUAAGCGCAGGGGCCCACAUGUCUGACUAUGUGAGCCCUAUUGAUGUGCCACGAUUGAACCCCAGGCUGAGCAGAAAGAGGAUGCUGUCUUUUUCGCCUCUGUCCGACGCCAACAUGGACGUCCAGGCGAUGAUCCGCACAUCACCCAGCUCACUGGUGCCGUACAUCAACAGCACCCGUUCCGGCGGCUCGUACGGCCACCUGUCGGUCGGAGGUCUCAGCCCGUCCUUCGCCUUCCCUCAUCCCAUCAAUUCGGUGGCUUACCAACAGUACCUCUCCCAGCAGAGGAGCAUCUGUGCUUUCAGCCACACCCCACCUCUCUUCCAGCCAGCCGCCAUCUUCCCUGGCUGCCAGCCCAGUCUUGGGCUUUCCUCACUGUCCGGCAGCGCUCACAGCAGUGACCUCGUCUCUAAAAGUCCCUGCAGGGAAUCAGCAAUCACCUGCACGCUGGAACCUGGUAUCAACAAGAGAUCAAAGGUUAAGACUGAAUCCCUGGCGCCAGGUUCACCGUGUUCUCGUCAAGGGGGUGUGUUGGAGCUGAAGAAGGACGUGGACCAUGACAAGUGCACAGCAGAGUCCUUCUUGGUGUACGAGACCAAGUGCCACUGGGAGGGCUGCAGCACCGAGUACGACACACAGGACCAGCUCGUGCAUCACAUCAACAACCACCACAUUCAUGGGGAGAAAAAGGAAUUUGUGUGCCGCUGGGACGAUUGUUCCAGGGAGCAGAAGCCCUUCAAGGCUCAGUACAUGUUGGUGGUCCACAUGCGCCGGCACACAGGAGAGAAACCACACAAGUGCACGUUUGAGGGCUGCUGCAAAGCUUACUCCCGUCUGGAGAACCUCAAAACCCACCUGCGCUCCCACACUGGGGAGAAACCUUACAUGUGCGAGCACGAAGGAUGCAACAAGGCUUUUUCCAACGCCUCAGACCGAGCCAAACACCAAAACCGCACGCAUUCAAAUGAGAAACCGUACGUGUGCAAGAUCACGGGCUGCUCCAAGCGCUACACUGAUCCCAGCUCCCUCAGAAAGCACGUGAAGACCGUCCACGGCCCGGAGGCCCACGUCACCAAGAAGCAGCGGAGCGACCUGCCGCCCAGGCCGCCACCCAGGGACGACAGCAAAGAGACCGUUAAUAGAACUCAUGAUAAGCUGGCCGACAGCAGCUCCCCCGGAACCUUGAAGGACUACCGGCAUGUCCAAUCCAUCAAGACAGAAAAUGCCGUGAUGCAUCAGUCCGGUCCUGGAGGUCGGUCAUCAUGUAACAUCGAACCAUCACCACUUGGCGGUGCGACCAACAAUGACAGUGGAGUAGAAAUGGUAGGGUUAAGCGCUGGAAGCCUGGAGGAUCUCAGCACAGUGUUCCUCCUAGAAGAGCCUUUGGGUGAUGAGGAUACCAAUAGAGGAGUUUUAGGAGCUGAUAUAUGUAUCAAGAAGCAGCUCUGCUCUCAACAACAUCUGGAGUAUCCGCUGAAGGAAGAGAUAAGGACUCUGAGGGGCCUCCGUCAGUGGACCGCCAACCCAUCACCUCCAGCCCACCGCACCAAGCUGCCACCCAUACCAGCAGACGCGUUCCUCCAGCCAUGUGAGGGUGGUGUUCCUGUAUAUUUGAAUGGUUCCAGUUUCGGUCUGAGCUCUGGAACAAAAGGUAUACUGGGAGGACUGUCAGAGCCCCUCGGGAGCACCUCCAGCACCUUGGGCUCACUUAAGACCCUAAGCCACUGCUCCCCAGGCACACACACCUUUCUGCUCACACUUCGAACUGUCAAGCAGCCUCAGCUCUGUCGACUCCUACAACCACAUCUCAUGGCGCUCCAAUCAGGCCAGUCAAAGUGGAGUUGUACUCAGCCUGACCCAAACCCAGCGCCACCGCCUCGUGGGAACAUAGCUGCAGGCACUAGUGAGAACAUAGCUGCAGGCACAAGUGAGAACAUAGCUGCAGGCACAAGUGGGAACAUAGCUGCAGACACUAGUGAGAACAUAGCUGCAGGCACUAGUAAGAACAUAGCUGCAGGCACAAGUGGGAACAUAGCUGCAGGCACUAGUGAGAACAUAGCUGCAGGCACAAGUGGGAACAUAGCUGCAGGCACAAGUGAGAACAUAGCUGCAGGCACAAGUGAGAACAUAGCUGCAGGCACAAGUGAGAACAUAGCUGCAGGCACAAGUGAGAACAUAGCUGCAGGCACAAGUGGGAACAUAGCUGCAGGCACAAGUGAGAACAUAGCUGCAGGCACAAGUGAGAACAUAGCUGCAGGCACAAGUGAGAACAUAGCUGCAGGCACAAGUGAGAACAUAGCUGCAGGCACAAGUGAGAACAUAGCUGCAGGCACAAGUGAGAACAUAGCUGCAGGCACAAGUGAGAACAUAGCUGCAGGCACAAGUGAGAACAUAGCUGCAGGCACAAGUGGGAACAUAGCUGCAGGCACAAGUGGGAACAUAGCUGCAGGCACAAGUGGGAACAUAGCUGCAGGCACAAGUGGGAACAUAGCUGCAGGCACAAGUGGGAACAUAGCUGCAGGCACAAGUGAGAACAUAGCUGCAGGCACAAGUGGGAACAUAGCUGCAGGCACAAGUGAGAACAUAGCUGCAGGCACAAGUGGGAACAUAGCUGCAGGCACAAGUGAGAACAUAGCUGCAGGCACAAGUGGGAACAUAGCUGCAGGCACAAGUGGGAACAUAGCUGCAGGCACAAGUGAGAACAUAGCUGCAGGCACAAGUGGGAACAUAGCUGCAGGCACAAGUGGGAACAUAGCUGCGGGCACAAGUGGGAACAUAGCUGCGGGCACAAGUGGGAACAUAGCUGCAGGCACAAGUGAGAACAUAGCUGCAGACACAAGUGAGAACAUAGCUGCAGGCACAAGUGAGAACAUAGCUGCAGGCACAAGUGAGAACAUAGCUGCAGACACAAGUGAGAACAUAGCUGCAGGCACAAGUGAGAACAUAGCUGCAGGCACAAGUGAGAACAUAGCUGCAGGCACAAGUGGGAACAUAGCUGCGGGCACAAGUGGGAACAUAGCUGCGGGCACAAGUGGGAACAUAGCUGCAGGCACAAGUGAGAACAUAGCUGCAGACACAAGUGAGAACAUAGCUGCAGGCACAAGUGAGAACAUAGCUGCAGGCACAAGUGAGAACAUAGCUGCAGGCACAAGUGAGAACAUAGCUGCGGGCACAAGUGGGAACAUAGCUGCAGGCACAAGUGAGAACAUAGCUGCAGGCACAAGUGAGAACAUAGCUGCAGGCACAAGUGGGAACAUAGCUGCAGGCACAAGUGAGAACAUAGCUGCGGGCACAGGUGAGAACAUAGCUGCGGGCACAAGUGAGAACAUAGCUGCAGGCACAACUGAGACGUACGCAGGGAUGACAGACCCCUGUCGACCUUGGACACCUCCCACUGUCCUUGGCGGUCUUCACAGGAGCGGCGAGAUCAUCAUGCAAUGCGCGUAUGCGCAUGCCGGAGAUGGGAUGAAGAUGUUGGAGCAGAAAUGA